AAAAAAGCUGAAAAGUCGUCAAUCCUUCAAUUUGAAAACAUCACCCACAGUCAUCUCUCACAUGCUCGGCUCCUCGAUGAUUCAAUAAUGCAAAAUAUUUUUUUAUGGAAAUCGAAUCUCUACAUUGGUUGAGACUUGAGAGUGAAAGUGAGCUGUUUGCGCCUAUUUUGGUUGCAACCCUUUUAUUCGAAAGUUGAUUAGUGUUGAGUGGUGGCUCCAAGAUUGGAUCUUUGCAUUUGGGGCUUCAUGAUUUUCUUCGUCCCAGGUACAAAUACAGUUGCAGAGCACAUUUUUUCAGUGAUAUGCAAUUCUUGGAAAAUUUAAAUUGAAAAUCAAGAUGGAAAAGAGGAAAUGGCCGUGGAAAAAGAAAUUGUCUGAAAGGAGUCCUGGGGAGAGCGAAAGCUCGGGAUCAUUUUCUUCGCACUCAGAGAGAUACUCUGAUGAACAGGAAGUACUGAGAGAAGAACAGCCUUCGAAUGAUAAUAAUCCGCACUCUCCCGAAGUGACCUCAAAAGCUCCAUCAAUGGACGAUGAAGAAGUGAACGAAACUGUCAAGAGCCUAACACAAAAGCUAUCAGCAGCUCUCGUUAACAUCAGCACAAAAGAAGACUUAGUUAAGCAGCACGCUAAAGUUGCCGAAGAAGCUAUAGCCGGUUGGGAAAAGGCGGAAAAUGAAGUGACAUCACUUAAGCAGCAGCUCGAAACCGCAUUGCAGCAAAACACGAACCUCGAGGCACGUGCAAACCAUCUAGACGGGGCCCUCAAAGAAUGCGUACGCCAAUUGAGACAGUCGAAAGACAAGCAAGAAAAAAGAAUUUCGAACGCAAUUCACGAAAAAAGCACUGAGUGGGAGUCGCAAAAGGCUGAGCUCGAGAGGCAAAUUUUCGAUCUCCAAAACAAAUCGAGCUCCCAAGAUCCCGAAACUCUCCUCAUUCUCGAUUCUCUAGAGAGAGAAAACACAUCCCUCAGACAAGAACUCGACUCGUACUUAAAGGAGUUAGAAAUCGUUACAAUCGAGAGGGAUUUGAGCACUCAAGCAGCCGAAUCUGCCAGCAAAUCACAAUUAGAGAGCAUUAAAAAGAUCGCCAGGCUGGAGGCCGAGUGCCGGAAAAUCCAAUCCAACAUAGCUCGAAAAUUGAAUCCUCUGAACAAUCACAAUCACAAGUAUUUUUUUUAUGCGGAGUCACUAACCGACAGUUGCAAGAGUAGCAGCACUUCCGAACACAACUGCUUGGAUUUCGACUUGCUCAAGAACGAAAAACACUCGCCCAAGAAUUUAGCUGUCGAAAUCGAUAUCAUGGACGAUUUUCUUGAAAUGGAACGUCUCGCGUCCUUGCCUGGGCCCGAACAAAAAGACGGGCCCUUUUCGAAUUCGGAUUCUAUUUCUUUGAGGGACGAGCUCGAGUCGAUGAGUAAACGUGUGGAGGAAUUGGAAAAUGAGCUGAAGAGGGUAGAAAUGGAAAAGUUUGAACUUCAGAAUGCUUUGGAGGAGAGUUUGGAUUCUUUGAAGGGUGCAGAGAGUAAAUUGAAGGAAGUGGAAAAGGAGUUAAAAGCCGUGAAUGAGACGAAAGAGUUGCUCGAGUUUCAGCUUGUUGGUAUGGAAGUCGAAGCUAGGACACAUUCGGAGUCGAUAAAAGCCGAGAUUGAAAGGGAAAAGAAAUUAUCGGGUGAACUGAGUGCCAAAUGUCAAGAAUUGGAGAGCAUCAAAUCGAAUGCUGAACCAAAUGCAAAGCAGGAGGAAAUAGCUGUAGCUGCUGAUAAACUUGCCGAGUGUCAAAAAACGAUAGCAUCUUUAGGAAGACAGCUCGAGUCUCUUGCAACAUUGGAGGAUUUCUUGAUCGAAACAUCAAACAUAUCCAAUGGAGGCAAUGCUUAGAGAUCAACAUUGAACGAAGCUUUUGUCAUGAUGACAUAAUGGUGAGAUUUGGAUUGUUCAAGAAUGUCGAUGGAGAAUCGUACUAGUUUUGAAAAUGGCGAUGAGGAUUUAUUGCCAAGAACACAAAAUGGCUUUCGCGAAGUUUUUCUCCGGAAGUAAGAAUUCGAUUGAACAUGGAAAGAUUAGAUUUUUAUUUUCUUUUUUGCUACUUUUUUUAGAUCUCUUGGUGUAUAAAAGGGAAAUUGUGUUGGUUUGUGAGGAAUUGGGAUUGAUAGUAUUAGAUCUCUUUGAAUUCCAAAUUGCAUUUGUGUUUAGGAAUCUUAAGCAUAAAGAGAAUAUCAAAACCAGUGUAUCCUGCACUUUAGGUUUUGAUCAAAUUACACUCGUG